UGUUACCACCCUCUAUCGACAUUUAUUUUUUAGUCACAUGCGUGCGGCCUUUUUCCUGACGCCUCGCCAUUAUUGGUGGCACAAACGUCGUCCAAGAUGCAGAUUUUUGUGAAAACACUGACGGGGAAAACCAUCACCCUCGAGGUGGAACCCAGUGAUAGCAUUGAAAAUGUCAAGGCUAAAAUUCAAGACAAGGAGGGUAUCCCUCCCGAUCAGCAGCGUUUGAUCUUCGCUGGCAAGCAGCUGGAAGAUGGCCGCACCCUGUCCGACUACAACAUCCAGAAGGAGUCUACCCUCCAUUUGGUGCUCAGGCUCCGUGGUGGCGCCAAGAAGCGCAAGAAGAAGAACUACACCACCCCCAAGAAGACCAAGCACAAGAAGAAGAAGGUCAAGCUCGCUGUACUCAAAUUCUACAAGGUCGACGAGAACGGCAAGAUCACCCGUCUGCGUCGUGAGUGCCCCAGCGAGGAGUGCGGCGCCGGUGUCUUCAUGGCCUCCCACUUUGACCGCCAGUACUGCGGAAAGUGCUGCCUGACCUACGUCUACAACAAGCCCGCCGAGGCAUAGACUGCAGUCUGACCUCUGACCUUGGAUUAUACCAUUCCACACGAGGACUAACUAACAAAGGGCUCUUCUGGACAAGCCCUAUGUGGAGAACAUCAUCCACAUCACACGAAGGAACUUGGUUCCAGAACUCAAAUGAACAAUAGUUUUCAUUCACUGGAUACAUGUCUUGGGGUGAUUGCAGUCAUGCUACCUAUCUCCCAAUGAUGUAACAAAUGCAUUAAAAUAUCAUACACAACCAC